CGGCCAUUGGGGGGUGCCGGUGGUGGAGGGUUUGGCCCCAACCACCAGGACCCGCCUCCUCUCUCGGGUCAGAAACGAGGCUUUUCUCGUGGAGGCUCUCCAGAUCGUUUUGGUAGAGGAAGUUUUGCUAAACUUUUUGUUGGAUCAGUUCCCAGGACAACAACUGAGGAAGAUAUUCGCCCUUUGUUUGAAGAACAUGGAGAAGUGAUAGAGGUUGCUCUGAUAAAAGAUAGGAAAACAGGACAGCAGCAAGGCUGUUGUUUUAUAAAAUAUGCAACCUCAGAAGAAGCUGAUAGGGCCAUUAGAGCUCUGCAUAAUCAACAUACCCUUCCUGGGGGAGUAGGUCCUAUCCAAGUCAGAUAUGCUGAUGGGGAACGAGAACGCCUUGUUGAGUACAAAUUGUUUGUGGGAUCACUGAACAAACAAGCUACGGAAAAGGAAGUUGAGGAAAUUUUUUCACCAUAUGGUCGAGUUGAAGAUGUUUACCUCAUGCGUGAUGAAUUGAAGCAGAGUCGCGGAUGUGGAUUUGUAAAGUACUCCCAAAGAGAUAUGGCGUUGGCAGCUAUAAAUGGUCUUAAUGGGCGCUAUACAAUGAGAGGAUGUGAUCAACCACUCACUGUCCGGUUUGCUGAUCCUAAAAGGCCUAGGUCUACAGAUUCAAGGGUUCCGGCAUUCGGAGGUCCAGGUUUUGGUCCUCGAUUUCAAGCCCCUGGGGCGAGACCAGUCCCUAGCUUUGGUGAUCCUAUGAACGACCAAAUUCCAACUCAUGCUUGGCAUCCAAUGAGUCCACCAAACUUGGGACCAUCCCCCAAUGCUGGGAUUCGUGGCUUUGGGGGCCAUUUUCUUCCUAGGGCUGACAUGGCUUUACCCUUGAAUUCGGGUGGCCAUGGUGGCUCUGCAGAGGGUCCUCUUCCUGGGAUGCCAGUUUCAUCUUCUUUAACAUCACAACAGAGUUGUAACCAGUCUAUGCCACACGUCGGCCAGAAAAUAUCUCCAGUACAGAAGCCUAUUCAGUCACCUCAGCAUUUGCCACCUUACCUUCAACAGCACCCUCAAACUCCAGCAUCAUACUCACACACACAAACAGUAAGGCAGCUUGGCCAGGCACAACUUUCUCAUUCUUCUGGUCAAACACCAUUUAGUCAAGCAUUACCAUCACAACAGUUUAUUGGCUUGGGCGGACAGUUGUCUGUCCCUCAGCCUGAGGUCCCAAAGAAUGCAUCUUCUGCUACAACACUACCAGCUCCUUUGAAUAUUAACUUACAACGCCACUCCAUGUCCUCCACAACAAAUCAGCAGCAGCUUUCUUCUGCUCCUCCUGUCCAGCAACCACUGCUUCAGCCUCUUCAGCAGUCACCGUCUCAGUUAGCUCAGAUGCUAUCACAACAGACACAAACUCUGCAGGCAAGCUUUCAAUCAUCUCGGCAGGCGUUCUCCCAGCUCCAACAACAGUUGCAGCUAAUGCAACCAUCAAAUCAGGGUUUGGCACUGCAUCAGAUUUCCCAGGCUACUAAACAGCAACAGUGGACUGGGGCUGUACCACAGACAGUGGCCAGCACUGCUGCUGCCACACCAGCUGCAGAUGUGCCUUCAGCCACAUCUGUUGCUCCUGUAACCCAUACUACGGCUCCUGCAAAAUGUAUUUGGACAGAGCACACCUCCCCAGAUGGAUACAAGUACUAUUAUAAUAAUGCUACUGGUGAAAGCAGGUGGGAGAAACCUGCCGAGUUUAUAUUGUUUGAGCAACAGCAGCAGCAACAAAAGGCAUCAGUUCAGCAGGCUCAUACCCCAUCACUCCCUCAAAAUCUCUCUGCGCAGCAAGUUUCUCAUAAUCAACAGCUGCAUCUUCAACCACAUCUUCGAACUAACCUGCAUUUACAACAGCCAUCUUUCACUGCAUCGUACCAGGCUUCACAGGCUUCUGGAAUUAUAGGUCACCAAAAUGUUCAGGAAUUUGGUUAUUCACAAUUACCUACAACUAGUUCAGUUGGUGAUCCUACACGCUUCCAACAGGGGCUUCAAGCUGCGCAGGAGUGGAUGUGGAAGAAUAAGCGAACAGGGGCAUGAAGUGGUUGAGCAGAGACUAAGGUGGCACACUGGCAAAAGUAUUUAUUCUCGGAGGAAGCUGAGUGAGGGAUCUGUAUCAAACUUUCGCGACGAUGGCAGCCAGGGUCCUUAUUAGAGCUUGAAGAUGCUCAGUGGGAUGUGUAAUGGGAACGUUUUCUUCAGC